AUGUGUCACACCAGCUGUUCCACUGGCUGCCAGCCAGCCUGCUCCGUGCCUGUCUGCUGCAAGCCCAUCUGCUGUGUGCGUCCCUGCUGCCGCCCAGCCUCCUGUGUGGCCCUGCUCUGCCGCCCAGCGGGCACCGUGGUGACCGGCUGCCAGGCACUCUGUGGAGCUGGCAGCGGCUCCCCCUCAUGCUGUGUGUCCAGCCCCUGCCAGUCCACCUGCUGCCAGGCUGGUCCCUGUCAGACCACCUGCUCCCAGGAUAGCCCUUGCCUGUCCACCUGCUGCACACCAGUCUGCUACAAACCUGCUAUCUGUGUACCCAUAUGCUACAAGACUGUGACCUAUGCUAUCCCCUCCUGCUGCCAGCCAGCCUCCUGCACCUCCCUGCUAUGUGGACCCUCCUGCAUCCCCUCCUGCUGCUGA